GAUUCCAUCGGCAUCCGCUCUCUUAGAAAUGGAUGAGGAGAGUGCAACCGCCGCCGAUUGGGCCGACUUGACUCACGAGUGCCUCCUCAACAUCCUCCGCCGCCUCUCCCUCGAGGACCGAUGGCGGGGAGCCAUGCGCGUCUGCAAGUCGUGGCAUCAAGCGUGUAAGGAUCCCUGCCUCAAUUCCGUAAUCGACAUCGAAUCUCAUUUCGGCUCUGCCAACGAAUUGCCCCGCUUCUGGACUCCGGAGUUCGAGCGGAGGGUCGAUAAUAUGCUCCGAUCCGUUGUCCUUUGGAGCUCCGGCGGCCUCACUCAGAUCCGCGUUAGGCAUUGCUCUGAUCGAUCGCUCGACCUUGUUGCCAAAAGGUGCCCAAAUCUUCAAGUUCUUUCUAUCCAGAGCUCUCCUCAUGUUACUGAUGCAAUCAUGGCUGAAAUAGCAUCCGGCUGUCCCAAGAUCAAGGAGCUCGACGUCAGCUACUGCUACGAAAUAUCUGACAAAUCUCUGGCAGUCAUAGGCUUUCAUUGUCCUAAUAUGCAUAUGCUUAAGCGGAACCUAAUGAACUGGUUGGAUCCUUCCCAGCAUGCAGGAGUUGUCCCCUAUGAAUAUCUAAACGCCUGUCCGCAGGAUGGGGAUUCAGAAGCUGCCGCCAUCUCCAAAUUUAUGCCUAAUCUUCUCCAUCUUGAACUUCGAUUCUUAAAGUUGACAGCUAAAGGGGUGACUCUAAUCUCUGAAGGGUGCAAGGACCUGGAGUAUAUCGACUUAUCUGGGUGUGCAAAUGUAACUAGUCGAGAUAUCGCUUGUGCAUCUCUCAAACUGAAGAACUUGAAAACUAUCAAGAAGCCCAACUUUUAUAUCCCAAGGUCAGCUUUCCACACAGAAAGAUAUGGGCAUUGGCAGUUAUACGAUGAGCGGUUUCAAACAGAUAUAUUCAGAAUUUGAUGGAGAUGAAGAGGCAACAACAGAAACCUCAAAAUUUGAUCUAGUCGAAAAAGAAACGAGGCGUAGAAGUAGACGACUGGCUGCAGAUGAAGAAAAGAAACUCAAACUUGAAGCAGGAAGAAGCCACUGACAAUGACAAGCGUAGAAACCCAGAAACUGAUAACAAGAUGUAAACCAGCAGCUCCAUUCUUGGUUUGCGACGGCUUCGUUGCGAGAUCUGAGCCUCCGCUAGCUCCUCUGCUAUUAUGAACAACGGCUUCCACGUCUCUUGCUCCCGUCUGCUGCUCGUCGUUUCCAGAAAUUGGUUUCGUAUCUGUAUCUGCUGAAAGUCGUUGCAGUUAAAAAACAAAGACGAAGCAAAGGAAAUAGUCGGCAACGAAAAGCAUACCUGUUUCAGUGGAACGGCAGGCCACCAAAGCAAUGGCUAAGAAGAAGAUCAACGAAAGUGAUUGUAUCUUCAUGGUGGUGAUGAUGGUGUUCUCUCUUCUUGAAUGGUUGCUGCUAUUUAUAAAUGAAAGGAAAAGUGAUGAAUGUUGGCAUGUGGAAAGAAUGAAGAAUAAAGGAAGGUUAUUCACGUGCUAUGGAAAAUUGGAAAUGGAAGAGGAUAUAUGCAGUCGUAACACUUGCAUAGUUGCAUGUUACCCUUUUUUUUUUGGGCUAUCUUUGCUGAUUACCACAACAAAAGUUAGUCUUAAAUAUUUCGAACAAAUAUAGAUAUGGAAAAAGUAGAAUGUAUCUCGAAUAUGAAGCUUUUAAUGUGUAUACAUUGAAGCUUUCCAGUGUUAAAGAGUUACUUUUGGUUAGGUUAUUACAAAUGAAUAUAUUCUUUAGAUUAAAA